GCCCUUGCAGCGGCAUCUUUGCAAAUCAGAGGGUCCCGCCGAGUAAAAUGACUGAAACUUCGGGGAGUUGCACGGGCGGCGGCUGCAGAUGGAUCCUGCUGUCAUCCUUUGGGAUGACAAUUAGAGGAGCGGGAAAUCGUAGCUACAAACGGUCGCUCUUCCACCAGCUCCAUGUUUUUCUGCUGCUCUCUGAGUUAUUGGCAACGGUUUCUGCCUCUAAGUUCGGGACCUGUGAGCCGUACUUGGAUGCUGCGGGAAUAUAUCACCCUGGAUUCUACUGUCCGCGCCUCAACGAUGACCAGAAGCAAACAUAUUGCUGCCGGCAGAGUAACCAGACCCUCAAGUACUGCUGUAACAGACCUGAGUUUCAGAGCACCAAGGGAGCCAACGUGACCGAGGCCACCAGGAGCCCUGUCAAGUAUGGGCUGCUGGCUGCAGUUCUGGUCUACGGUCUGGCAGUUAUCGCCCUUCUGCUGACCGACCUGCUGUAUUACUACUCGCUGAACAGGGACGACCCCCGGCUGUGCCCAGCUCCCGCCUCUCUCUGCAGACGCCGUGGAAACAACGCCGAGGGAAGAUUACCUGCGCUGGGUGAAAGUUUGUCAUUGGGACAGUGUGCCCCUUGACAUUGCUGCUGGUGAAGGAUCCUUGCAUUGGUGGAUAUGAACGCAGGUUGUGGGCCCCAAACUCACAGGAGCACAGCCACUCUGCGGAACUCCUUGAAGGACGGGAUGAACUGUGGAAUCGAGGUCAAAUAAUAUGUCACAGCGAAAUCAUUUGAGGGUCAAAGGCUAACUAGGACACCAUGAGAACUUGCAGACGCAAGAGAUUCUGCAGAUAUUGGAAAUCUGUGGCACGGCACACAAAAUCCAGGAGGAAUACAGC